UGUGCCUUCUCGUCAACGGGCAUCGUGUUCUGGUGAGUGUUUCUGUGCCUUCUCGUCAACGGGCAUCGUGUUCUGGUGAGUGUUUCUGUGCCUUCUCGUCAACGGGCAUCGUGUUCUGGUGAGUGUUUCUGUGCCUUCUCGUCAACGGGCAUCGUGUUCUGGUGAGUGUUUCUGUGCCUUCUCGUCAACGGGCAUCGUGUUCUGGUGAGUGUUUCUGUGCCUUCUCGUCAACGGGCAUCGUGUUUUGGUGAGUGUUUCUGUGCCUUCUCGUCAACGGGCAUCAUGUUCUGGUGAAUGUUGUCCAUUGCUCUGUGCCUUCCUGUCAAUGGGCAUCGUGUUCUAGUGAGUGUUGUCCAUUGCUCUGUCCCUUCUCGUCAACGGGCAUCGUGUUCUGGUGAGUGUUUCUGUGCCUUCUUGUCAACGGGCAUCGUGUUUUGGUGAGUGUUUCUGUGCCUUCUUGUCAACGGGCAUCGUGUUUUGGUGAGUGUUUCUGUGCCUUCUCGUCAACGGGCAUCGUGUUUUGGUGAGUGUUUCUGUGCCUUCUUGUCAACGGGCAUCGUGUUCUGGUGAGUGUUUCUGUGCCUUCUCGUCAACGGGCAUCGUGUUCUGGUGAGUGUUUCUGUGCCUUCUUGUCAACGGGCAUCGUGUUCUGGUGAGUGUUUCUGUGCCUUCUCGUCAACGGGCAUCGUGUUCUGGUGAGUGUUUCUGUGCCUUCUUGUCAACGGGCAUCGUGUUCUGGUGAGUGUUUCUGUGCCUUCUCGUCAACGGGCAUCAUGUUCUGGUGAAUGUUGUCCAUUGCUCUGUGCCUUCCUGUCAAUGGGCAUCGUGUUCUAGUGAGUGUUGUCCAUUGCUCUGUCCCUUCUCGUCAACGGGCAUCGUGUUCUGGUGAGUGUUUCUGUGCCUUCUUGUCAACGGGCAUCGUGUUCUGGUGAGUGUUUCUGUGCCUUCUCGUCAACGGGCAUCGUGUUCUGGUUCACCAACUGGUGUUCAACAUCGCACGACCGUUCUGUCUGUCCACCUGCCCUGUCACGAGACAGACGCCUAUGCUGACCAUAACCGUGCCCUUCCGGGUCAGCGAUGAUGCCAUCACCAACUUCCUCUCCUACCUGUAUGAAGGAAGUUUGUUCAUCAACGAGUAUUCUGUCCAUGAAAUACUUCAACUGGGGAAAUUUUUUCGUAUGACAACGGUCAUGAACUUUUGUAACUCCUUUGUUGUGGUUCUGAGAAGACUGAAUGUCUAUCAGCCUCUGGAUGAGAGAUCGCUGCGGGACCAGGGAGAUGAAGGGAGUGGGGGCUUGGAGCUCGAAGCCAAACAUCCUGCCGUCAGCCGGAAAUGGAGAAGUGUUCCAAAAAUACAAACUGUGACAUGCCGUCCACAUAAAGAUGAAAUAGUUCGGACAUCAGAUGGGGAGUAUAGCAUAUUGGCUGAUGUCAAAAUAGAAACUGACAACACAAAAGAUUGUGUGAACCCGAACCAUUGGGAAUGUGAGGCACAGUUUGACACGGUAAAAGAUGCGGACUCCAAUCCUUGUGCCAAAGAUGUUGAUGAAGAGACAUCAGUUGAGGAUGUGGAUCAGAGAACAUUUGAUGGUAUCGAUGAAAGAACGGAGGGUGUGGAUCAGAGAACAUUUGAUGGUAUCGAUGAAAGAACAGAGGGUGUGGAUCAGAGAACAUUUGAUGGUAUCGAUGAAAGAACAGAGGAUGUGGAUCAGAGAACAUUUGAUGGUAUCGAUGAAAGAACGGAGGGUGUGGAUCAGAGAACAUUUGAUGGUAUCGAUGAAAGAACAGAGGGUGUGGAUCAGAGAACAUUUGAUGGUAUCGAUGAAAGAACAGAGGGUGUGGAUGAGGGCAUGGAUGAGACGACAUUUGAGGUCAUGGAUGAGAGAACUUUUGAGGGUGUGGAUGAGACACCCUUUCAUGAAGUAGAUUCUGAAGAAGAUGCAGCAAGAGACAGUCAGCCUCACGUGGUCAGCGUGUCCUGGAGCGAUGACGAGGACCAAGAAUGGGUGGUUUUACCGAACAAGGACGAGGACAACUUGUGUGAACAGGAAGAGGAUGACAAUGAUAAAAUAGGAAUAGGUCAAAACACUCUUGAGCAACAAGAAACGUUUCUGGAAGCAGUGACCAUGAGCAAAGAUGAAUUUGAACAAACAGUAUCCAAUGAUGUUGCAGAGAUUACCAGGCAUAAGGGCAGAAUGGAUGAGGAUGCACAUGGCAUGGCAUGUGAUAGUGGGGCAGAGGAUGUCAAACCCAUCCUGCUUCCCGAUGGAACAGCCGUGGAUCGCAGAGGGACAUCGGCAGCAUCAGGACGUGGCUUUGGUGCUAUGGAUGAUGCCAAGAUGCCCAACUAUGAUGGCAUGGAUGACGCCGAGAUGACCCACUAUGGUGGGCCAGGAUGUACUGAAGAUGUGAAGCCAGUCCUCCGACCUGAUGGUUCUGUUGUUCAUCAUCCCGGUGAGUACAAAGAACCUGGAGAUGCAGAACCCGUCAUCACUUCAGACCCAGCCAGACCAGUUCUCAUGUUUGGAAAUGGCACAGAAACUGCAACUCCGAAGCCAGGAACUGAAGUGUUUGAACACAUGAACAUAUCUUUCCGUUACUACAAGUGUGACCGCUGUACCAGCCUGUUCACCAGCGAGGCUCGGCAGCAGGAGCAUGUCCAGGUGGUCCACCAGGGCGUGAGGUUCAAGUGUCAGUUCUGUGGCCGAGAGUUCACUUCCCGGAGCGGCCAUAAGCUGCACGAGCUCGACCAUCUUGGCCAGAAUCCCUACAGGAAGUACAAAUGUGAAAAGUGUUUCAAGUCUUUCCCUUCCAAAACUGGUCUGAACAACCAUGUGACCCGAGUGUGCCAGCAGUUUAAGUGUCAGAAAUGUAAGGCUGUGUUCGUGAACUUCCAGGACCACCGCCAUCACGUCAGCAACUGCCGGAGGACGUCUGCACCAAUUGAGUGCCCAGAAUGCCAUCAGAUUUUUUCGUCCAAGUUUAGUUUAGAAAGGCAUUCCAAAACACACCUGAGUCCACCGGUGUUUGCGUCUGCUUCCAAACCAAUCAAGAAGUACCAGUGUCAGGUGUGUUUGAAAGUGAUUAUUGGGAAAGCCAGGUUUUUGCAGCACAAAGGAGAACAUUCUGAACAUCUUAAACGAACCCAGUGUUCAGCGUGUGACCAAACAUUCAAGACCAUUUCGGCCAUGAGGCGGCAUUUUAAAACAGAUCAUCCUGAUUCAGAGCUGCCAACUUCUGCCAAAAUAAGUUGGCGAGAUCUGAGACGUGAAAGUCCAUUCCUAGAGGACGAUGUUGAAGAUGAAGUGAUAGAGGAGUUUCCACCAGACCAGACGCUGAUUUGCGAGAAACUUGAGUCUGCUGAAAUGGAAGUCACACCAGAACAAAAGAGAAAGUCCAAGAGACAUCGGUCUGUUCAAGGGGAGGUAACACCACAAGAGCCGAAAUCAAACUGUGGGAACACUCGAGAGCUUUCAUUCAAGACAUCGAAGUCAGAUGUGGUUCCUGAAACAACCCUAGCUGGUGGCAGGAGUAGGUUCUUGUGUGUCGAGUGUGGCCAGUCCUUCCCUUACGCUGCCUCGCUGCGAAGACAUUCCAAGUCAGAACAUCCGCUCAAGUAAUGCUCGGACGAGACAGGGAUUAUAGACACUGAACCAAAAGAGUUAGGAUCAUAAAUGUUUUUAGGGAUAUUUUUAUGAACUUGUGUGCUCAAUCUUCACUACAAAAGAUAUACCCAAAAAUAUUCAAGAUCCCCAACUCAUUUUGUUCAGUAUCUGUGGUAGAAAUUUUAUUUAUAACUAAGGGCGUAUAACUAAUGCUCGUCGUAAAACCCGAGUUAUGAUGUGUCUUUUCUCUAUCAAACAUGUAUGUGAAGAGAGAGUAAGUGAGUUUUGGUUUAACAACUCUUUUGAGGUUUACAACUUUGGUGCUGACAAACCUAGAAACAUAACCAGGAUAUGAACCUACAAUCAUAGGCCCAAAUGACGCAAUUCAGACACUAAGUGCCCCCUAUACAUAUGAUAUAUGUAGAAAGAGGUGUUUGAUAAUAUACCUUUCGUCAUUUCAUAAUUUUAAGCAAACUUUCAUCUUUGAAUACACUGAUGGUUUUCACUGAUGGGAUGCACUGAUGGUUUUCACAUACAAUUUGAUGAUAUGAUGAGCACUAUUGAAGUUUCUCGUAUUUGCUCUGCUGAAAGAUCUUGAGCGUGGGGGGUUGGGUCCAUUGUUCAAGGAUAAAGAUGGUAAUGAAUUGACGUACAUACGUGUUAAUGUAAAUGGUAUUAAAAUCUUCUAAAUGA